AUAUAAUGCAGUACACGCCCAUUUAUGGAACUUAAUCUUUAGGCACAGAUCAGCAUCAACCAUUCUCAUCUAAUACCAGAACACCCAGUCCCCAUCACCUGCAAAGGUCAUCCUUCAAAAUGUUCAAGAACAUCGCAACUUGGGCCCUCCUGGCCGCUGCACUCGUUCAAGCAGCACCUGCCACUUUCGACGUCGACACUGAACUUGAGAUCCGCGACUUGGAGCUCGAGGCUGUGUUGAAGCGCGACUUGGAGCCCUUCGAGCUCGAGACCCGCGGUGUCGAGCUCGAGGACCGUGAUAUCGAGCUUGACGACCGGGACAUUGAGACACGUGCCUCGAGGACACUAAGCGGUCUCGCCAACUUUGACGCAAAGGUCGCCAACAGUGUACCCACCAAGGAACUUGGCAUUUAUGGAGGUCUUUUCUGGCAAGGCUUCGGUCUCGUCAGGAAGGACAGCACCCUCACGGGCGUCCGGCCCUUCUCGGCGCCCAACGUGGCCGUCUACGGGCCCAUCACCAGGCUGACCAACAACGCAAGGGCCGUGGUGACGACGCAGUACUCAGGCUCGAUCGCGGCCAACUUCACGUUGUCGCAGUUCUACUACGGCUGCUCGACCACGACGGUCCUGAGCACCCUCGCCCUGCCCACCAGGUGCAACGUCGCUGCCGCCGGCUACAACCGCGCCGGCAAGCUGCUCGCCUACCAGCUCUUCCCCGAGUACACUCCCGGCGUCGGCCUGUCGGCCAACCUCGUGCUCGGCAUCUUCACCAACAAAUUCGUGGGCCUUGACCAUGUCAUCUUUGCUAGCACCUACUCUAUUGGCCCCUUGUUGGGCGCUACUGUCAUUGACGAUGUCAAGUACACGCUCAAAACCAUCUCGUAAGAGAGCUUCUAAAUAUGCUUUAUGAUGUAGGUUGACAUCAACUUCGGGUAUUUGGAGUGGUUCUGAUUGAUUCUACAGUAAUGACGCUCGGUCGUGUCCAGCGUGAGAACUGAAUUUGGGGCUGGGGAUCUCGGAAGAUUCUCAGAGAGACGGAAUUUGAACAAUACGAACUUUAACGCCUGGGCAUUACCCAUUGAUGCAAUGAUUUUCGCAAUUCCCUAUGUAGACUGAUUUAGUCAAUCCGCUCAUUUCCAGUCUGCC